CAAUGUAAUGUAUUUUUGAAUGCGGGAAAUGAGAGGCACUUGUUUGAAGAUCGAAAACCCCAUUCAAGAUGCUGUCUCCACAAUCAGAUUCGCUCCUCGUUCCAACAAUCUCCUCAUCUCGUCAUGGGACUCCGUUCUCCGAUUAUACGACGUUGAUAAUUCUGUAUUGAGGUUCGAAGCUACCACCGAAGCCGCACUUCUUGAUUGUUGCUUCCAGAAUGAAUCUGUAGCCUUCAGCGUGGGUACUGAUGGUUGCAUUAGGAGGUAUGAACUUGACUCUGGAGUCACUGAAAUAAUAGGGAAUCAUGAUGAUUUAUCGACAUGUGUUGACUUUUCCGAGGCAACUCGUCAAGUAAUCACUGCAGGAAUUGACAAGAAAAUUAUGUCCUGGGAUUUGCGCAUAAAAAGUGGUGGUGGAUACUCAAUAUCUGUGAGUUCAGAGGUGGACACGAUGUCUCUCUGUGGGAUUUAUUUGUUAGUAGCCAUUGGAAGAUCAAUUAAUGUGUAUGACUUGCGUAGUCUAGAAGUACCAGUUAAAGAAAAUGACUCAAGUAUGGACUAUCAAAUACGAUGUGUUAGCUCAUUUGCUAGUGGCGAAGGAUAUGCAGUUGGAUCAAUUGAUGGACGUGCAUCACUAAGGUUUCUUAGUCCAUCCGAGGCAAAUCAAAUGGGAUGUGUUUUCCGUUGUCAUCCAAAGUCAAAGGAUGGAAGGCAUCAUCUUGUUACGGUGAAUGACAUCGCAUUUCAUCCAAACCGCUAUGGAGCCUUUGUUACUGGUGAUAAUGAUGGCUAUGCUAUCAUGUGGGAUGGCAAAAGUAGGAAGAGACUAUUUGAGUUUCCAAAGUACUCCAGCAGUGUGGCAUCCUUAACGUAUAACUGUGGGGGAGAAAUUCUGGCUGUUGCUUCGAGCUAUACAUAUCAAGAGGCGAAUGAAAUAGAAACGCCUCCUCAAAUUUUCAUAAACAGAAUGGAUGAAAAUGAUGUGAUGACAGUUUCUGCUGAAAGAUCUAAACAAGGAAUUGCUUUGUCACGAUAAAGUUGUAAACGAAGGGUGCUGCUGCAUUCAUCCAUUUUUUUGUUCCUAUC